CGCGCCCCUGCGCUUCGGGAGCAGCGCACCCCGAGUGACUUCCGACGCUGCGCAUUCGCCCGUUCAAGAUGAAUAAUGAUCAAAUUGCACUGGUUGGUCAAGUGUUUGAGUCAUAUGUUUCAGAAUACCAUAAGAAUGAUAUUCUUUUAAUCCUGAAGGAAAAUGAUGAAGAUGCUCAUUACCCAGUUGUGGUUAAUGCCAUGACCCUUUUUGAGACCAACAUGGAAAUUGGGGAGUAUUUCAAUGCAUUCCCCAAUGAAGUACUAACUAUUUUUGAUAAUUCACUGAGAAGAUCAGCCAUGACAAUUCUCGAGUCCCUUUCUCAGCCUGAGGGUGUCUCCAUGAAGCAGAAUCUUCAUGCCAGGAUAUCAGGUUUGCCCGGUUGUCCUGAGCUGGUGUGGGAGCACAUCCCUAAAACGAAGGAUGUGGGGCACUUUUUAUCUGUCACUGGGACAGUGAUUCGAACAAGUCUGGUGAAGAUCCUGGAGUUUGAACGGGAUUACAUGUGUAACAAAUGCAAGCAUGUAUUUGUGGUCAAGGCUGACUUUGAGCAGUAUUAUACCUUCUGCCGGCCCUCCUCAUGUCCCAGCUUGGAGAGCUGUGAUUCUUCAAAAUUCACUUGCCUCUCAGACUUGUCUUCAUCUCCAACCAAGUGUAGAGAUUAUCAGGAAAUCAAAAUUCAGGAACAGGUAAAUGAGCAAAUCAAUGAGAAAAUAACAAAUUUAUUGUCAUAUAGAAAUGGAAUUGAAAGUACAGAAGAGCUGUUGGGUUUCAGUGGGCUGGAGGUGCAGGAAGGUGAUGACCUCACUAUUUAUGGGGUUGUCAUGCAACGGUGGAAGCCCUUUCAGCGAGAUGUGCGCUGUGAAGUGGAGAUAGUCCUGAAAGCCAAUUAUGUCCAAGUAAAUAAUGAGCAGUCUGCAGGGAUCAUCAUGGAUGAGGAAGUUCGAAAGGAAUUUGAAGAUUUUUGGGAACACUAUAAGAGUGAUCCCUUUGCAGGAAGGAAUGAAAUAUUGGCCAGUUUAUGCCCUCAAGUUUUCGGGGUGUAUCUAGUAACUGCUGUGGCCAUGGUACUGGCUGGUGGGAUUCAAAGGACGGAUGCUACAGGAACACGAGUCAGAGGUGAAUCUCAUCUUUUAUUGGUUGGGGAUCCUGGCACAGGGAAAUCUCAAUUCCUCAAAUAUGCAGCAAAGAUUACACCAAGAUCUGUGCUUACCACAGGAAUUGGAUCUACUAGUGCAGGUCUGACGGUAACUGCUGUAAAAGACUCAGGAGAAUGGAAUUUGGAGGCUGGGGCAUUAGUGCUUGCAGAUGCGGGCCUUUGCUGUAUCGAUGAGUUUAAUAGCCUCAAAGAGCAUGAUAGAACCAGUAUCCAUGAAGCAAUGGAGCAACAAACCAUAAGUGUUGCUAAGGCUGGCCUCGUGUGCAAGCUGAACACAAGGACCACCAUCCUGGCAGCAACUAACCCGAAAGGCCAGUAUGACCCACAUGAGUCUGUGUCUGUGAACAUCGCCCUUGGCAGCCCACUCUUAAGUCGAUUUGACUUGAUCCUGGUUUUGCUUGAUACCAAGAAUGAAGACUGGGAUCAUAUAAUUUCCUCUUUUAUCUUAGAAAACAAAGGUUACCCAAGCAAAUCAGAGAAGCUGUGGAGCAUGGAAAAGAUGAAAACCUACUUCAGCCUCAUUAGGAACCUUCAGCCCACGCUGUCUGACGUGGGCAAUCAGGUUCUCCUCCGGUACUACCAGAUGCAGCGGCAGAGUGACUCCCGGAACGCCGCCCGGACAACCAUCCGCCUGUUGGAGAGCUUGAUACGAUUAGCAGAAGCUCAUGCUCGCCUGAUGUUUCGUGACACUGUGACUCUAGAAGACGCUAUUACAGUGGUGUCAGUCAUGGAGUCCUCCAUGCAGGGAGGCGCACUGCUGGGAGGCGUGAACGCACUCCACACUUCCUUUCCUGAAAACCCUUUGGAGCAGUACCAGAGGCAGUGUGAACUUAUUCUGGAAAAGCUGGAGCUGCACAGCCUCCUGAGUGAAGAGCUAAGAAGACUUGAAAGGUUACAGAAUCAGAGUGUGUACCAAUCCCAGCCAAGGACAGAGGCAGAGACUACUCCAGGGUCCUCGGGACGUGACCCAGGAGGAGAAUCCAAAUUCAGAACGUCAACACAGCAGGAAGUGAACUGUGGUAUCCCUUCCUCUUCCAGUCCCAGGGGAAGCCCACCACUCGACCCUCCACCCCACCUGGGGCCUAAUAGGUCAGCACGUAGAAAAGAUUCAGCUCAGCACGACAGCAGAGAUGCUGGUUUGGAUUGGUUUGACUCCCUGACAACUCAUCAGAUUGAACCGAAAAACACCGUUUCUGUGUCUCCUGGUCCCAAAACAACUGAGCAGAAAAUGGUUUUGAAAAAAUCCAACAACACAUCUCAGGGUAAAGAAGAGAGGGAGCCAGACCAAAGGAGCAAGUUGGAAACUGGACUGCUUCCAGCACCAGGAGAGACAGGAGCUCCAUUGAGGCCAGAGAGUGUUAAGGGGAAAAAGGGAAAAAAGGCAGCAGCAGUUUCUGAAACAGCAGGAACUGCUGAUGAACCAGACUCGGUGCUGACUCAUCAUGUCCCCAGGAAACUGCACAGGCUGCGCAAGGAGAGGGCCCAGGAGUUGUACAGCAAUCCUGCCAGGCCGCCUUCACAGCCCAUAAGCCCUCCUCAUCCUCCAUCCAUCCCUGUACGUGGCCCAGAAAGAAAGAGACAGAAGUCCCUCCCUCGGGUGAAAGAGCCUGAACCUGAAAGUGUUGACAGUUCGGGUGCCCCUGUGGCCAAACUAGCAAAAUUUACUUUCAAACAGAAGUCAAAACUGAUCCACUCCCCUGAGGACCAAAGCCUUGUGUCUCCUGGCAGAACUGACCUAGCAGUUCGGAGUCCGAAAAUUUCCCAGCAUGGAACAAGAGGAGAAGCAGCUCUGUCGGUGAAGAGUCCAGAAAAGUUGACCUCAGGAAAGGGGGGCUCAGAUCUGCUGCAGAGGAGGGCAACGGGGGUGUCACAGCAGUCAUCAGGGAAAGACAGGUCAAGAGCGGAGAGGGCAUGUGGCCCUGGAAAGAGAGAUAUUCAGCCUGAAUUUGAGCUUGGGAACGAGACUGGGCAUUUGCAUCUCACUGGUGAAAGAGACAAAAAAGAAGGGCUUUCGUGCAGUAAUAAAAGCAGCAAGGUUCAUGCUUGCACAUUAGCCAAGUUGGCCAACUUCUCCUUUACUUCCUCCCCUGAAUCCAAAUCAGCAUCCCUGCCUCCUUCUGAAAGUAAGAACUCGGGUGAGAGAGGCCCAAGCCCGCCUCCCACGACCACAGCUACAAUGCUUGGCAGGAAAAGGAAAACUUUUCAGUUGGAGGGGCCCCCUGAGAAACUCAGUCUUUCCAAAAAGUCUCUCUUUACUUUACCAGAACUAGAAGACGAAGCAUUAGAUUUUGAUUGGGAUGAAGAAAUGAGAAAAAAGCCAUAAUCAUGGAAAGCUUGCUGGUCAAAUUUCAUCUUUCCCAACUCGACACAGUACCUUUGGGAUACCUACAUGGUAUUUAUAUAUGUCCAGACUAUUGGCCAUAUUGAGUGCCAUUCUAAAUGCCAGCUCCCCAAUCACAUUUUGUAAUUUCAGGUUUAUCUUCAUGAUUCAUCAAGUUGUUUAAUCAUUAUAGAUUUAUGUGAUACCAGCCCUUGGAUUGAAUUGACGUUGUGCGUAAUUUUGCAGAAUGGAAUACUUGCAUUCCCAAAGAUGUUUGUUUGUUUUGUUUUUAAGGGGUGGGUCUUCCCAGUAUUCCUUCUUUCAUUCACUCAGGAACAAAUGUCAGGAUAGUAGCACUCAUAGAGCUAACAAGAUAGGUGAACUCUUCUAUUUUUUCCUUUUUUUAAAAAAAACCCCAUGAUGUGCCAAGUGUGAAUAUUUAUUAUGAUUUGACAAAAUCGUAUGAUUUUUCUAAUAUUGUUUUUGUGUUAUGUGUAAGAGUAAAGGUGACUAAUGCUUUUCUUUCUUUGAGAGGCACCUCACAAUUCCAUGGUAUUCCUAAAGAUUUGGCAACUGGUCAAAUAGCUUUCUGAAGUAGUGGCCUUUGAGUUUUUCUUUACUUCUUCAGCCAAUAUUUUGUGCUUCAGAUUAUUUUUAUCUUUUGGGGACUUCCCUUCAACACAACUUCAGUCUUGUCAUUGGAAGGAAAGAGAGUAUUCAGCUGUCCCAAUCAUAUAUCAUGGCAUCUACCCAAAUAGUUAAUAUGGAAUGUGACUCCUACUAUUGUGACUUAUUUGUCUUUAAAUCCAAACAAAUGACUGUAUUUGGUAGUAAUAGACAACCCAAGCUGUGUCUUAAGUCCUUGAAAAUCACUCUUUCUUUGAAUUCUAGCAGAGGCUCUUAGGAAUUCACAAUUGCAGGAUUUAUCUUCUGAAGUAUGAAUUUGUAAAAAAAAAAAAAAAAAAAAGAUUCUUUCAUUGUCUGAGGGAUUUUUAGACAUGCAGAAUACUCAAAACUGUAUGUACUUUGUUUAAUGAUCAUUGCAUUAAAUUUACACAGAAAAAAUUAGGUACCCGAGUUUUUCUUCAGCAUUAAUUCCAAAAGUGACUCAUUAAAUUUUCU